CUGUGCACAGACAUAAUGGGGGGGAAAUACGAGGGCAACAACCACCCGGUUAUAAGCAUGGAUGUCAAGUCAAGUCACCUUUAUUUAUAUAGCACAUUUAAAAACAACAGGAGUUGACCCAAAGCGCUUUACAUUUGCACAAGUCAGGGUUGGGCAGGACAGUUGUUGAAAGGGGCCCAGGGAUACACAGGUCUUGACUAAAAAAGAAUUGGAUAAAAUAAGUACAAAGAAAGCAAUAAAAAUAGUAAGAACAAGGUUAAGGAUGUUAAGGGUUGUUAAAAGCAAAAGUGAAAAGGUAUGUCUUUAAAUUAGACUUAAAACUGGCAAGGGUGGUAGAGGACUUGAUGUGGGGUGGAAGGGGAUUCCAUAGGUUUGGGCCAGCAACAGAGAAUGCCCGGUCACCUUUCGUUUUAAGACGUGUACGGGGGACAGAUAGGAGCUGUUUUGUGGAUGACCGGGUCAACCUAGAGGUGGAGUGUGGAGAAAGCAUUUCAGUAAUAUAAGGGGGGGCUGAGCCAUUAAGAGCUUUAAAAACAAAGAGUAAAAUCUUAAAAUCAAUUCUGAAUUUGACAGGGAGCCAGUGCAGCUGAGCCAGGACUGGUGUGAUGUGCUCUCUCUUAUAUGAAGUAAUAUAAUGAUUCAGUUCAAUUGGAUAGUUUACAAUGGUACUGUACAAAAUAAUCGGCUGUAUUAACAAUUGAAAAGCUAUUAUGAAAAAGUAAAAACGGUUUUAAUGGUUUUUUCCUGGGAAAGAGGAGAGCUUUAGCCAUUAGAGCAUAGGGGCGGCCGGGCAGGAGCCAGGGCCCCUGAGGGCCCCCUCCUGUCUGCUCCUGAGGCUGUAUCUGGGGAUGACGACAAUGUACUGUCAGGCUGAGCCAUAAAGCUGCCCCACCCAUCCCCCUGAACAGAGGGAGAAGGAGAGAAAGAGACGGAUUGAAUACAUACAUACAUAGAGAGAGAGAGGAGCUGGUCAAGCUCUCUAACAUAAUUUGGACAUCAAACAAUGAACUCUAACGUGACUAUUGUGACACCAGCCUACUUUAUUAUAAGUGGCUUUUCAGGCAUCCCUCAUGUUAACUACUACUAUUUAUUUUUACUGGUGCUAUACAUCAUGUCAGUGGUGGAAAACACCGUAGUGAUGGCCUUGAUAUGCUUCGACCAGAGUCUCAAGACUCCAAAGUAUAUUGCUGUGUUUAACUUGGCGUUUGUAGAUGUGCUUGGCAACUCUGCCCUGGUGCCCAAGGUUAUCGACACAUUCUGGUUCAACAACAAGUACAUCUCGUACAGCCACUGCUUAACCUAUUUGUUUUUUUAUUGCUUGAACCUCCUCAUGCAGUCUCUCAAUCUGGCUUUACUCUCCUUUGACAGGCUAAUAGCGAUCGCCUUUCCAUUCCGUUAUCAUAUCAUUGUGAGUCUGAAGACCAUGUUCUCACUGGUGGCAACUUGCUGGAUUAUCGCCAUCCUUUUCACCUUCGUACUUGUAGGGUUUCUAACACGGCUGUCCUACUGCAGGUCUGUUGUUAUCAACAGCUAUUUCUGUGACCAUGGGCCGCUCUAUCGACUCGCCUGUAAUGACAAUCAGCCUAAUUUCAUUAUUGCCAAAGUGUUACCAGCUCUCAUUCUUUGGGUUCCAUUGAUGUUUGUCUUGAUCAGUUACACGUGCAUUGGCACCACUUUGGCCAAAAUAGCUGGAGCCCAGGAUAGAAUGAAGGCUUUCAAAACAUGUAGUGCUCACAUAAUUUUGGUUGCAAUUUAUUACUUACCUAUUCUAUUCACUUUCACAUUUGACACUCAAAUGCCUCGCAAUGCAAGGAUCAUUAGUCUUUCUCUUGCAGCUGUCCUACCUCCAGCGUUGAACCCACUCAUUUAUGUUCUGCAGACUCAGGAAAUCAAACAAUCUCUGAAAAUGGUGCUCGCAAAAUUGAAGCAUUCAAAAAUUGCUGUCAAAUUGAUUAUCCAUAUGUGAUGUUAAAUAUAAGAUAUUGUGUUGUGGUGUCAAAUCUUAGAUUGGUUCAUUGUUAAACGUUUAGGUUAUGUUAUCGACUUCGACAAUAUUAAUUGUUCCAGGUUAUAUAUAUCACUACCAUCUGAGGGAAUUGUUUUGUUUGGCAAAGCAUUUUUCACCGUAAUCAGAACAAUAAUCAGGUUUUUGAUUUUGGCAACAAACACUAAGAAUUGUGUUCUCAGUGAUUUUUUAUUUUGUAACUGAAGACACUUCAUCAACCCAUUUCAUUUUGAGAAUUAAAUCCAUUGUAUUGUUCUACGAUGUGACCAAAAGUUUAAAUAUGAUUUAAAAUGAUGCAGUCUAUUCUUUUGCUAAACAUGGUGUGAGUCAUUCAAAUUUUGACAGCAAUACCAUGCUCACUGUUCUAUGUGUUCCAGAGAUGAAUAUCAAGAUAUCUCCAUUACAUCUGUAAUCUUUCCAUGAAUCAACAUCAGCAUACUUUAUGCAUACAAAUAUAUGGACCCUGCAAAUGAACAGGUUGAUGAUUCAAAAGGAUAUUGUUUAAUUGUCAUAUUUUCUAACCGUACCUUCAUGUUUUAGCUUCAUGUCACUUUAUGAACUCUAUCCAUGUGCCAGCUUUAAUAUUCAUGCAUUUUGCAUAUGCAGGCAUAGAUAUAUCAUUGGCGGAGGUGUUCAUGAAUAGGGUUCUUUACUUGGU